GCAUUCGACUGCCACACAGUUCGUAUCACGCGUCGCUGCCGAGAGUGCACGCAUACAAACUCGAAAAGUAACGUCGUCGCUGUACGCGUAACUUAAUACGGAUAGCUCAAUUAAGGAUUUUAUGCAAGUUAUAAUUUGGAAAACGCAGUAAUAUUAAGGGUGAUGUUAGCAUUUUACUGAACAAAAUGAACCAGUCGGAGUCAUAGUAACUUCAAACUACUAAGAAAUAUAAGUGUACUUGAUAUAUUUUUUAUAAAAAACGCGAACAUGUCAAAUAUCGAAGCUAAUAAUAAUAUGAAGGGAACAGAAUCCAAUAAUUAUAAAUCGGACAAUGAAAAAAAAGACAUCGAAAAAGGGAAAAUCGGAACUAAUGGUCCUAGUUUACCCUGGGUACAUAUCAUAGUGAUGGUGUUCGCUUUAGCUGUCCUGGUGGCAGCGAGUGCUGUGGCUUGGGUGUUCUUCAGCUGGCAGAUAAGCCUCAUUGUGUUCGCGGUCAUAGCUUUCGUAUACAUAAUAAUCUAUUUUUCAAAUUGGCUAUGGGUCGCCGUACAAACAGCUCCUAGAGAUUUCAAAGCUCUCUACUGCUAUAUAAAAAUUUUAAGAUUAACGAGUAAAUUUACAAAAAAAAAUUGGUCCAUGCCAGAUAUUUUCCACGAAUCAGUUAAAAGACAUCCAAAAAAAGUAUGCUUCUUGUUUGAAGACGAAUCAUGGACUUUUCAGCAGGUGGAGGAGUAUAGUCUUCGCGUUUCAGCAGUACUCCGAGCACAAGGUGUGAAGCGUGGUGACACGGUAGCAGUUAUGGCUAGCAAUUACCCUGAGAUGCCUGCAAUCUGGCUUGGUAUAGCUCGCAUCGGUGGUAUUUCUCCUCUGAUUAACACCCAUCAAACUGGCAAUACUUUGCUUCAUUCAAUAAAUAUUGCCAAAUGCGAUUUCGUUAUUUACGGCAGCGAGUUCGAAUCUGCUAUUCAAGACAUAAGGAAAGAACUAAAUGAGUCGAUCAAACUUUAUAAGUUCACCCGCCGUCCAUUAAAUACAUCGGAUAGUGCUGUAAAUGUAGUCGACUCUGAAAAUGAUUUGACGCACUUACUGGAGUCUACACCACCAGCGCAAUGGUCGAAUUCCGAAGGUGAAGGCUUCACUGGCAGACUGCUCUACAUCUACACGUCUGGUACGACAGGACUACCGAAAGCGGCUGUUAUAUCGCCUUCAAGAAUGGUGUUCAUGGCAUCGGGUGUUCAUUACUUAGGAGGAUUGAAUUCUAAGGAUGUUAUUUACUGUCCUAUGCCUCUUUACCACUCAGCUGGCGGUGUUAUCACAAUGGGAAAUGCUUUUAUCUUUGGGUGCACUGUGGCCUUAAAAUUAAAGUUCUCCGCUUCCGCGUAUUUCCCAGACUGCAUUAAAUAUAACGCAACGGCGGCGCAUUACAUUGGAGAAAUGUGCCGUUAUGUGCUCGCCACGCCACCCUCACCCACUGACAAGCAGCACAAAGUGCGCACCGUGUAUGGAAACGGCAUGCGACCAACUAUAUGGACUGACUUCGUCAAUCGUUUCGGUAUAAAGAGGGUUGUAGAAUUUUAUGGUGCCACAGAAGGAAACGCGAAUAUCGUCAACGUUAACAACAAAACUGGGGCCAUAGGAUUCGUAUCAAGAAUUGUCCCUGCAGUCUACCCGAUCGCUAUUAUUAAAGUAGACGAAGAUACGGGAGAACCUAUUAGAGACGCGAAAGGCCUUUGUCAGCUGGCGCAACCGCAUGAACCUGGUGUAUUUAUUGGUAAAAUAAAACCGAAUAAUCCUUCGCGUGCAUUCCUCGGUUACGUUGACAAAGAAGCUUCUGAGAAGAAGAUUGUAAGAGACGUCUUUAACUAUGGAGACUCCGCUUUCAUAUCAGGAGACAUUUUAGUAGCUGAUGAGCUUGGUUACUUGUACUUUCGCGACCGCACCGGAGACACGUUCCGAUGGCGCGGGGAGAACGUCAGCACCACUGAAGUGGAGGCUGCCAUUUCCAGGGUUGCUGACCAACGUGACGCUGUUGUAUAUGGGGUGGAAAUACCUAAUAUAGAAGGACGAGCGGGCAUGUGCGGUAUAGUAGACAAGGAUGGCAGCUUAGACUUGGACAAGCUGGCCAGAGACGUAGCCAAAGACCUCCCCAAGUACGCUAGACCUGUCUUCAUAAGAAUUAUGUCGGCCAUGGAUAUGACAGCAACAUUUAAACUACGCAAGGUCGACUUACAGAAGGAAGGAUAUAAUCCUAAUACUAUUCAAGACAAACUCUAUUAUUUCGAUUCAAAAUUAGACAAAUAUAUUAGUUUAGGUGCUGAAGAAUAUGAAAAAAUUAUAUCGGGACAAAUAAGACUGUGAUUUUAUACUUGAUUUUUAUGUAUGAAGUGCCUUUUAUGUUGUGAAAAAAUAAGUAAAUAAUAAUUAUUUGACAUUCAUGUGAAUGGAAACUACUAAUUUAAAUAAAUUAAAGUAUUCAUAAGAAUUGACUGAUAAUAUUGUUUUGGGGUAGGUAUUUAUGAAAAAAAGAACUUACAUAUAAUUAAAUGUAAGUUAUUGUGGUAGGUUAUUACACUGUUGCUUGUAUCGUAUUUUUUGUUUGGU